AGAUGCCAGACGGUCAGAGUCAGCUGAUCUCCGUCAAGACAGAGGGCGGAAGAGGUGACGCUGCUGCGGCAUUAGUUUCUAAAUCAGUUGUCACAAAAGGGUGGUGGUUGCUGCGGGGCCAAGAUGAAGGCCCUUGUUGUAUUCUGCGUGGUGGUGUCAUGUCUGGCCUCUGCGCAAUUGGUUCGACCGGACAAAAUGAGACUUGGAGUUUAUAAUCCAGACACCAAACAUUAUGAAAAGCAGACUCUGGGCCAAGAUGGACAUGAUCAGCAGCCACAUAGACCUGCACUGUUGGGCCAGGAUGGACAUGACCAGCAGCCACAUGAACAGGCACUGCUUGGUGGGGAUGGACAUGACCAGAGGCCACAUGAACAGGCACUGCUUGGUGGGGAUAACCAUGACCUGAGGCCACAUGGACAGACAUUGCUUGGUGGGGAUGGGCAUGAUCUGAGGCCACAUGGACAGGCACUGUUAGGUGGGGAUGAACAUGACCUAAGACCUCAUGGACAGCCUUUGCUGGGUCAAGAUGGACAUGACCAGAGACCUCAUGGAAAGCCUUUGCUUGGGCAGGAUGGACAUGACCAGAGACCUCAUGGAAAGGCUCUGCUAGGGCAGGAUGGACAUGACCAGAGGCCUCAUGGAAAGAUCCUUGGCCAAGAUGGACAUGACCAGCAGCCACAUAAGCAGAAGUCCCACAAGCAUAACAAGCACAAAGCUAGAAAGGUGCUGGGAGGUGACAACCAUGAUCGCAGAGCUCACAAGAAGCUUUUUGGGCAAGGGAACCAUGACUACAAGAAACAUGUUAAGGUUUUUGGUGGGGAUGACCAUGAUAUGGGACACAUGGGAAUGUUUAAGUCCUUCAUGAAGCAGCACAACAAAUCCUACAAGAACAAAGCAGAAUUCAAGAAGAGGUUCAAGAUUUUUCACCAGAACAUGAAGAAAGUGCACAUCUUGCAGCAGAAUGAACGAGGCACUGCCAAGUAUGGACCAACGAAAUUUGCUGAUCUUACAGAGCGUGAAUUCCGAAAGAUGCUGGGCUUUCAACCUCAUAUGAAGCCUGCCACAUCCUCCAUGGAACCUGCUGUUAUCCCAGAAGACUUGGAGGCACCAGUCAGUUUUGACUGGAGGAAGCAUGGUGUUGUCACACCCGUUAAGAACCAAGGCAUGUGUGGCUCAUGUUGGGCUUUCUCUACUACUGGCAAUGUUGAAGGUCAAUGGGCCAUCAAGCACAAGCAACUGUAUUCCCUUUCUGAACAAGAACUGGUUGACUGUGAUGCAACAGAUGAUGGUUGUAAUGGAGGUUUGCCUGAGAAUGCUUAUGAGGCCAUAGCCAAGUUGGGCGGCCUAGAGUUGGAAGAUGACUAUCCAUAUGAUGGGGAGGAUGAACAAUGCCACUUUAACAGGUCUCUUGCCAAGGUGACAGUCAAUGGAUCUGUGGAGCUGCCAGCUGAUGAAGUGGCUAUGGCCAAAUGGCUCACCCAAAAUGGACCCAUUUCUAUUGGAAUCAAUGCUAAUGCCCUCCAGUUCUAUGUGGGAGGAGUGUCUCAUCCAUUGAAAUUCCUGUGUAACCCCGAGAGUCUGGACCAUGGUAUGCUUAUUGUAGGCUAUGGAGUCCACACAUAUCCAGUAUUCAAGAAGACACUGCCUUUUUGGAUCAUUAAGAACUCAUGGGGACAGGACUGGGGUGAACAGGGUUACUACCGCGUGUAUCGUGGCGAUGGGACUUGUGGUGUGGACCAGAUGGCCACCAGUGCCAUUGUGCCCUAAGUCAUCAGCCAACACUUGCCAUUCACAUAAGGGGAACAUUGUCAAAAAAGUUUUGAUUUUAGAAAGUUUAAAACCCGACUAGUUUAUUCUGUAUAACAUCUGGUCACAUAUUCAUACUUAAAAUUUUGUUAUAUACAACAACUAUUAAAUUUAUAGAGAAAGUAUUAAUUUUGUAGUCCAGGAAGUAAUAUGUUAACUUUUAUUUUAAGUAUGUAGUAUAUAGGUGUUCUUAUUGUGUGUCACAUUUAUGGGUAUUAUUUGGUUGUGUUACCUUUUAGUGUUUCACUUAAUGGUGGAUUAUUAAAAACUGAUUAGAAUAUACAUGUCAUGAACUUUCCAUUUCACAUUUUUUUAUUAUGUGAGUGGAAGAAGGCUCACAUCCUGCUCUGAUGGCAGUAUUAAGUAUAAAAUGCAGUUUAACUCUCCAUAUUAUGAUGAGAAUAUACUUCACUUAAAAUAAUACUCAGCCUAUCUUACUUUUGUGGCACCCUGAACCAUGAAAUAUGAAUUGUCAGUGUUUAGCAUAAGAGGUUCAAGGUUCUUCACUGGUGCUUUGCUUGUAGUCCCAAAACUACUUAAUAUGAAAACUUCACAGAUCUCAAUUGUAACAAAUGGAUGUCAAGGUAUAAACAUCUUGUAAGUGUUUAUAAAGAUAUUAAAUAUUGUGGUAGGCUUCUAUAAUACUUGUGUUAACAUGGAAAACUUCAUAUACUUGGUGUGCUUUUUAAUUAAAUUUUCAUAAAUAUUCGCUGACCCUCAAUUACUGUUUUUCUCUUUGCUGUCAUUUGAUACAUAAUUUAUGAUUAUUAGAUUUUAUAAAAAAAUAUUUCCUCAUUUGAAAUGACAUGGAACUGCAUGGUACUACUGGUGGGCUCAGCAAGGCUUGAAUGUAACUGAGUCAUAUGGUAAGUUACAGCACUUUUAUUUACUCAGGGCUGAACUUAUUUAUUCAUAUUUUGAUGCUUUUACAGUUUAUUGUUUGAUAAAGUACCUGGAAACAUUUUUAUUUAGAAGAUAAUUUCUAGACAACGAAUUGAAUCAUGAAAAAAAUUCAGAAUCCGUAAUAUACAGUAUUUAUAGUAAAUGUUUUUUAUAUGGCCAAUGUAAGUUGCAGUGUUUGAAGAAUGUGAAAUCCUAUAAAGUGGAAGCUGUUCACACAGUUACCAGUCCCUAAGUUUAAUAACCUGGACACAUAGUUGUGUUGCUGCUGUCACAUUAUUUAUGAAUAUUUAUAUGUGAAUUUGCCUCAAAGCAGGAAUUGUAAAGGCCUGUCCAGACUGGUGGGCGUAUGUACCAGGCAGCACAGUUGGCUGGCAAAUACUGCUGGGCCUGCCAAUAAAUGUUGCCCGUGCUGUCAAUUUGAUGAAUAGGCAGGCUUGCCCAACAAUGUCACUAGUGUGUGAAGUGCAAUAUGAUCAAGUUGGAUCAGUGUGCUUUGUUAGUGGUUUUGACCUAUAAAAAGUUGGUAGAGCUAAAUGAAAGUCUCCAGUAGCCAUCACAAGCUAUUGAUCUGAAUAGUGUUGCAGUGACAUGGGAAGUGGGAAAAACCAUACCAUGGGUACACUACAUUAACUUGCGUCUGGCAAGGGCGAAACUUGAGCUACUGGGUAUGACGAGGUAAUUUGCUAAUUAGGCAUUUUGACAAUUUGACAGUUUGUCCAUGAAAUGUGCAUGUCUAGUGAUCAGGUCCACUCUUCUGGACAACCCUUAAAAUAUGAUGUUUUGUAUAAUUUGUGAUUGAGCAGUAUGCAUAAGUGAAUUGAACUAUAAAUGAAAUGUAUUAACAGGUGUGGCUCUUUUAAGCAUGACACACAA